CUAAGUCGAGUGGUAGCGCCACAAACGCGAGACACGACCAAGUGAGGUCGGCUCAGUGAUUCGCACGAUGCCACCGUGAUACAUGUGUCAUCGAGUGCUUUCUGCUAAGGACACGCGCACGCAUCACGUGGCGUACGCACGUACCGUUGUGCGGACGACAACUCAGCCCUCGACGACACCCCAUUCUUCGUAGCGAUGGACGUAGCAACUGGGUAACCAGCGAUUAAGGGAGAAGCUACGCUGGACAAUUGCGUACGUAACCGCAUCGAUGCGUCAGUGAUUAUCACGUCCUCGUCGUCGUUGGAUACAUGCCCAUCGGAGAAGUCCGAUAUGAAUAUAGACGGAAACACAUUUUGCGGGAGAAGAUGACCCCACGUCGUCGCGUCCUAGUAGGAAUUCGUCGGGCUAUAUUUGCCGCAGGUAUCCUGACGCUUAUCAUCCUAGUGCUAUCUGGUCAGGAUGGCACCAAUACUUUACAACAGGCAAAUUUGUUGGAGGAAAUGAAUCUGACACCAGAAGAAAAAAUAUUAGAGCAAAUCGCUGCUGCAGAGAUCGAGCAACGUCUAAUAGCUAGACGUAAAUUUCUAGCGGAGAAAUGUGCCGAGGAAGGACUUGAUCGUCCUGGCAAUGAUUCGCUUCAUAGGCCUAAUGCCUGGGAAUUUCUUAUAAAUAAAGAAUAUCACCUUAUAUGGUGCAAUGUUUUCAAAGCGGCUUCUACGUCGUGGAUGUAUAACUUCAACUUACUCGCAGGAUAUACCCCGCAAUUUCUGAAAGCCUCGAAAGCAGUGCCGGUUUCGUUGGCUAGACAGAAGUAUCCUAGGCACACGGCAGAAGAAUUAGCUAAAUUCUUAAACGACAGUAUCAGUUUCCUGAUAGUACGGCAUCCGUUCGAAAGAUUGCUUAGCGCUUAUCGGGACAAACUAGAGCACAGUUUACCGCACACAUUUCACAGCAAUCUCGGUGCACACAUAGUUUGGCAUUAUAGAGCAAAGGAUCCGAAGACGAAUACCAGACAAGGCCCAAGAUAUCCAGUCUUCGAAGAAUUCGUGCGAUGGCUAUUAUGUCAGUGGAAAGCAGGGAAUGAUCUUGACAUGCACUGGACACCAGUAGUGAAUUUUUGCACACCUUGCCAAGUGCGAUUUGAUGUUAUAGCUAAAUUCGAGACAUUGCAUGAUGACCAAAACUAUCUGAUAAAGCAAGCGCACGUAGGACAUAUUAUCAAACCCGAGUGGAAAAAUCCAACUAGAGGAAUCCAGACAAAAGAUGUUAUAAGAAACUAUUUUACACAAUUAUCUAAGAUGCAGAUCAAUGAACUAUAUGAAAUGUUCAGGUAUGACUUUGUGCUAUUCGACUACUCACUAGAAGAAUAUCUAGCGUUUGGAAGAAAUGAAGUUACUACAUUAAUAUGUAAAAAAUAAUGUGGACAUUUUAUUUGUUUUUCAUAUGUAAACAUAUAUAUUUACAUGUAUAAACAUGCGAAAUCUUUAUUUCAAUAACGCAUGCAACAUACAACGAAAUUGUAGAUAGCACUUAAAUGAAUUAAACAUGAGAGGAACCUCAUUUUAAAUCCUCCACAUGUAUAUAGACACAAUCAUAUCUUCAAUACAUUAUUACCUCAUAGAAUUUUAAAGAUAAAAUAAUAUUUAAUUUC